AUGAACCAAGAAACAUUAAAUAAAUUACAACUCAGUCAAAAAACCGAGACAAAACAUAUAUAUUUCAAGGCUGGCAAUAAUAAUUCUAACUUUUCGGGCACGAGCCUCGUCGUCUAUGACAAUGGCAAUAUUAAUGGUGAUCUAAACUUAGCACAAUUUCCUAAUCUCGUGAAAAUCACUUUUGGGAAUUCUAUCAAAUUCAGUAAUCUAAAUAGCAUUGAUAUUAGUGAAAAUAACAAGUUAUGCUGGUUAAUUAUCGAUUCACGUUACGCUAAUUUUAGGGACGCUUCUUAUUGCAGGCUUUUCGCCAAAGAAAGCCAAAUUGAUCGAGUAAUAUUAUCAUACAUUGAUGCAUCAGGCAACCCCAGAGCAGAUAAAUUAAGAAAUCAAUGCCAAAUACCCUAUUACCUAGCUGAAGGUCAAAAAUUGGAACAAUUGGAAGCAGAAGUAGAAAAUCUGAGACAAGUUCUCGCCGAAAAAGAUCAACAAGUAAAGGAUUUACAAACGGAGACUAAGAGAAAACCUACUCUUUACCAGUUUCAAGAAUUAAAUAAGAUAUUGUUACCUGGUAGUAAACUUAACUACAUCCAUUUAAAAGAAGAAAUCAAGAGGCUUAAAUUAAAAGAUUUCGCACCUUAUUUUCAGCAGAAAAAAGAAAAAUAUGAUCAGUUAACGACAAACUGUAAAGAUAAAGCAGGUGAUAAUUUGAAGGCAAUUUUAGAACUUUUCUUACAAACUCGAAAACAAAUUAUUGUGCAGAGCAAUAUAAAUGAUAACGAUUUUGCAAAAGGACAACUGUACGGACAGGUAAACACUUGUCAGGCACUUUUGCAAUCAAAGUUUACACAAGAGGAAAUAGAAUCUCUUUCAAGUAAGCACGAUGAAAUGUUAAAACUUGAAGAACAAUUAGAUAAUAUUUGA